AUGGAGGCGCCGGCGGGGGAGCCCUCGGCCCGGGGCUGCGGCCCCCCGCCCGCGCCGCUCCCGGAGAGGAAGAAGAGCCACCGCGCGCCGUCGCCGGCCCGGCCCAAGGACGUGGCCGGCUGGUCUCUGGCCAAGGGCCGCCGCGGCCCAGGCCCGGGUGCCGCAGCCGCCUGCAGCGCCGCGUCCUCGGCGCGGCCGGACAAGAAGGGGCGCGUGGUGGCUCCGGGGGCGCGCGGCGCAGGGGCGCGGGUGGCCGGGGUGCGCACUGGGGUCCGCUCGAAGGGCCGCCCGCGCCCGGGGACGGGGCCGAGACCGCCGCCGCCGCCGCCCAGCCUCACGGACAGCAGCUCGGAGGUGUCGGACUGCGCGUCGGAGGAGGCGCGCCUGCUGGGCCUGGACUUGGCGCUGAGCAGCGACGCCGAGUCGGCGGCCGGGGGCCCGGCGGGGGCCCGCCCCGGGCAGCCGCCCCAGCCCGCGCAGCCGGCGCAGCACCCUCCGCGGCCCCCAGCCUCCCCGGACGAGCCGUCGGGAGCCGCGUCGUCGGUGGGCAGCAGCCGCCUGCCGCUGAGUGCCUCGCUCGCUUUCUCCGACCUCACCGAGGACAUGCUGGACUGCGGCCCUGGCGGCUUCGUGCGAGAGCUGGAGGAGCUGCGCUCGGAGAACGACUAUCUCAAGGAUGAGAUCGAGGAGCUGCGGGCAGAGAUGCUGGAGAUGCGGGACGUCUAUAUGGAGGAGGACGUGUAUCAGUUGCAGGAACUGCGACAGCAGCUGGAUCAGGCCAGCAAGACCUGUCGCAUCUUGCAGUACCGGCUACGCAAGGCCGAGCGCCGCAGUCUCCGCGCCGCUCAGACUGGCCAGGUGGACGGUGAGCUCAUCCGUGGCCUGGAGCAGGAUGUCAAGGUCUCUAAGGACAUCUCUGUGCGGCUGCAUAAGGAGCUCGAGGCGGUGGAGAAGAAGCGGGCACGGCUGGAGGAGGAGAACGAGGAACUUCGGCAGCGGCUCAUUGAGACCGAGCUGGCCAAGCAGGUGCUGCAGACAGAGCUAGAGCGGCCGAGAGAGCAUUCCUUGAAGAAAAGAGGAACCCGCUCUCUGGGGAAGACAGACAAGAAGCCUUCCAUGCAGGAGGAUAGUGCAGACCUGAAAUGCCAGUUGCACUUUGCAAAGGAGGAAUCGGCCCUUAUGUGUAAGAAGCUCACCAAACUGGCCAAGGAAAACGACAGCAUGAAAGAGGAGCUGCUUAAGUACCGCUCGCUCUAUGGAGAUCUGGACAGCGCCCUGUCUGCUGAGGAGCUGGCAGACGCACCCCACUCUCGUGAGACCGAACUGAAGGUGCAUCUGAAGUUGGUGGAGGAGGAAGCCAACCUGCUGAGUCGCCGCAUUGUGGAGCUGGAAGUGGAGAACCGAGGCCUGCGGGCCGAGAUGGACGACAUGAAGGAUCAUGGCGGGGGCUGUGGGGGCCCAGAGACACGACUGGCCUUCUCCGCGCUGGGUGGCAGCGAAUGUGGGGAGAGCCUGGCUGAGCUGAGGCGACACCUGCAGUUCGUGGAGGAGGAGGCGGAGCUGCUCCGACGCUCCUCCGCGGAACUUGAAGAUCAGAACAAGCUGCUGCUGACUGAGCUGGCCAAAUACCGCUCGGAGCAUGAACUGGACGUGACAUUGUCAGAGGACAGCUGCUCGGUGCUCAGCGAGCCCUCACAGGAGGAGCUGGCCGCUGCCAAACUGCAGAUCGGUGAGCUCAGCGGUAAGGUCAAGAAGCUACAGUAUGAGAACCGCGUGCUCCUGUCCAACCUACAGCGCUGUGAUCUCGCCUCCUGCCAGAGCACCCGACCAAUGCUGGAGACCGAUGCCGAGGCUGGAGAUUCUGCCCAGUGUGUGCCUGCUGCACUGGGCGAGGCCCACGGGCCGCAUGCUGCUCGGCUGUGCAGAGCCAGGGAGGCUGAGGCACUCCCUGGGCUGAGGGAGCAGGCGGUGCUGGUUAGCAAGGCCAUUGACGUCCUGGUGGCUGAUGCCAAUGGCUUCUCGGCUGGCCUUCGUCUGUAUCUGGACAAUGAGUGUGCUGACUUUCGGCUGCAUGAGGCCCCUGACAACAGUGAGGGUCCCAGGGACACCAAGCUCAUCCAUGCCAUCUUGGUGCGACUGAGCAUGCUCCAGCAGGAGCUCAAUGUCUUCACCCGGAAGGCAGACAGCGUCCUGGGGAGCUCUGCCAAGGAGCAGCCAGAGCCCUUCUCAUCACUGCCCGCCUUGGGCUCCCAGGGGACCUCCAAGGAGCUGCUUCUAGCCAAAGACCUUGGCUCAGACUUCCAGCCGCCUGACUUCAGGGACCUGCCGGACUGGGAGCCCAGGAUCCGAGAGGCCUUCCGUGCUGGUGACUUGGACUCCAAGCCCGAUCCCAGCCGGAGCUUCAGACCCUACCGAGCUGAGGACAACGACUCCUACGCCUCUGAGAUCAAGGAGCUGCAGCUGGUGCUAGCCGAGGCCCAUGACAGCCUUCGGGGCCUGCAAGAGCAACUCUCCCAGGAGCGGCAGCUUCGGAAGGAGGAGGCCGACAACUUCAACCAGAAAAUGGUCCAGCUGAAGGAGGACCAGCAGAGGGCGCUCCUGAGGCGGGAGUUUGAACUGCAAAGUCUGAGCCUUCAACGAAGGCUGGAGCAGAAAUUCUGGAGCCAGGAGAAGAACAUGCUGGUGCAGGAAUCCCAACAGUUCAAGCACAACUUCCUGCUGCUCUUCAUGAAGCUUAGGUGGUUCCUCAAGCGCUGGAGGCAGGGCAAGAUUUUGCCCAGCGAGAGGGAUGACUUCCUAGAGGUAAAUAGCAUGAAGGAGCUAUACCUGCUAAUGGAGGAGGAGGAAUUAAAUGCCCAGCAUUCUGAUAACAAGACCUGCAUGGGGGACAGCUGGACCCAAAAUACGCCUAACGAGUACAUCAAGACACUGGCUGACAUGAAGGUGACCCUGAAGGAGCUGUGCUGGCUGCUCCGGGAUGAACGCCGUGGUCUGACGGAGCUUCAGCAGCAGUUUGCCAAGGCCAAGGCCACUUGGGAGACAGAGAGAGCAGAGCUGAAGAGCCAUACAGCCCAGAUGGAGCUGAAGGCUGGGAAGGGGGCUGGGGAACGGCCAGGGCCCGACUGGAAAGCAGCACUACAGAGGGAGCGUGAGGAGCAGCAGCACCUCCUGGCUGAGUCCUAUAGUGCUGUCAUGGAGCUGACGCGGCAGCUACAGAUCAGUGAACGCAACUGGAGUCAGGAGAAGCUGCAACUGGUGGAGCGGCUUCAGGGUGAGAAGCAGCAGGUGGAGCAGCAGGUAAAGGAGCUGCAGAACUGCCUGAGCCAGCUGCAGAAGGCUGCUGACCCCUGGGUCCUGAAGCACUCAGACCUGGAGAAGCAGGACAACAGCUGGAAAGAGACACGCAGUGAGAAGAUCCACGACAAGGAGGCUGCUUCUGAAGCUGAGCUUGGGGGAACCGGCUUAAAAAGGACCAAAUCAGUUUCCUCCAUGUCUGAAUUUGAAAGUUUGCUUGACUGUUCCCCCUACCUUGCCAGUGAAGCUACCCGAGGCAAGAAACUGCCAAACAACCCUACCUUUGCCUUUGUGGGCACCCAACCAGUGGACCCAGAGAAGGACACCCAGGAACAGCCGGGGCUACCCUCACAGGGCUGCCAGGAGCCAGUGGGCAGGCAGAUGCAGCGCAGCUACACGGCUCCAGACAAGACAGGCAUCCGAGUCUACUACAGCCCCCCAGUGGCCCGGCGCCUGGGCGUCCCCGUGGUACACGACAGGGAGGGUAAGAUCAUCAUCGAGCCCGGCUUCCUCUUCACCACAGCCAAGCCCAAAGAGUCCACUGAGGCCGAUGGGCUGGCUGAGAGCUCCUACAGCCGGUGGCUCUGCAAUUUUUCACGGCAGCGCCUGGACGGGGGCUCAGGGGGCGGCCCCUCAUCAUCUGGGACUGGCUUCCCAGCAGCCCUACACGACUUUGAGAUAUCAGGCAAUAUGAGUGACGACAUGAAGGAGAUCACCAACUGUGUGCGCCAGGCCAUGCGCUCCGGCUCGCUGGAGAGGAAAGUAAAGAGCACCUCUAGCCAGACAGUGGGCCUGACCAGUGUGGGCACACAGACCAUCCGCAUGGUCAGUGUGGGCCUGCAGACUGACCCGCCCCGCAGCAGCCUGCACAGCAAGAGCUGGUCACCCCGCAGCUCCUCGCUGGUGUCUGUGCGCAGCAAACAGAUCUCCUCCUCUCUAGACAAGGUACACUCUCGCAUCGAGCGGCCGUGCUGCUCCCCCAAGUAUGGCUCGCCCAAGCUACAGAGGCGGUCCGUGUCCAAGCUGGACAGCGCCAAGGACCGCAGCCUGUGGAACCUGCACCAGGGCAAGCAGAACGGCUCAGCCUGGGCCCGGUCUACCACCACGCGGGACAGCCCUGUGUUGAGGAACAUAAAUGAUGGCCUGUCCAGCCUCUUCAGUGUGGUGGAGCACUCGGGGAGCACGGAGUCCAUCUGGAAAUUGGGCAUGUCCGAGGCCCGGGCCAAGCCUGAGCCUCCCAAGUAUGGCAUUGUGCAGGAGUUCUUCCGCAAUGUGUGCGGCCGGGCCCCAAGCCCCACUGCGGCAGCAGGAGAGGAGAGCACUAAGAAACCAGAGCCCCUCUCCCCAGCCAGCUACCAUCAGCCAGAGGGCAUGGCCAGGAUCCUGAACAAGAAGGCUGCCAAAUCAGGUAGCGGUGAGGAGGCCAGACUCACCAUGCUUCCCCAGGUGGGGAAGGAUGGUGUCCCCCGAGAUACAGAUGGAGCCACUAUCCUUCCCAAUGAGGAUGCUGUCUGUGACUGCAGCACCCAGUCUCUCGCCUCCUGCUUCGCCCGGCCAUCUCGCUCUGCCAUCCGCCACUCUCCUUCCAAGUGCAGGCUGCACCCUUCAGAGUCUGGUUGGGGCGGGGAGGAGAGAGCAGUGCCCCCCAGCGAGUGACAGAGCAGCCGAACUCCCCGCCUCAACCAGCCCAGUUCCUGGAUAGUCGAAGGGAACCAGCAGAGAGGAUACUGGGUGAGGGGCCCGUGCCCUUGGCAUCACCUCAUCCUGGAGGACAGCAGCUGCACCACUGCCAGAGAACAGCUUUCCCAUCAAGGUAAAGCAGGGUCUCCUGCUGACCGCUGGGUGGUGAUCUCCAACUUCCCAGGGGAAGGCAGCAAGCGGGAGAAAGACCAAAUCUGGGCUUUGGAAGCCUCUACAGAGAGAUCCGUUGAGAGCCAAUCCGUUGGGAGCCAAACCUUGGUCCUACGGGAGAGCCUUGCUUAGUUCUACACAUGUCCACUUCUCAGAAGAAGCGAGGAAAGGAUACACUCUGGCUGUGCCCCUCAGGGAAAGGGUCCACAGAGAUGUACCCUGCCAACUACAUCCCCCUUCUGUGGAGAGGAAACCCCGAUGAGAACAGGCUUUGCUCUAAGUCAGGCUCAGCUUGGGGUUUCUGGUGGGGCUGGGCUAGGUGUCAGCCCUACCCUUCCUUUCCACCAUCCCCUCCUCCUCCCAGCCCCGCUGCUCUGGAUGCUGUGACUCCAGGGGGAAUGAUAGGGCAGUAACCACUACCAAGUGUCUGCUUGGAGUCCUGGAGCCCUGGAUCUCCCUGCCCAUAGCUUGGAUGCAGCAAGGACUGGAAGACGAGGUGGGAAUGUGUGGGGCUCAGGGUCGGGGAGCCACUACAACUGCCUCCUUUGCAAAGGUGACUUUGGGGGCCCUAAAGUUCUAGGAAACUCACUGAGGACAGAAAUAGUCAGUCUCAAGAUCUGGUGCACAGACACAUGCCUACAUGUCCAUUGCCUUGAUUGCUGGGGCAUCUUCCCCAGCACCUUGGAGGGGUACCCCAUCCCCACUGUGUUUACAUCCUAUGGAGGACAAAGAUAUUCCUGGUAAGAGACUCCCAGUUGGCCAGGCCAGGCCAAGGAGCACUCCAAGAGGCCAGCGCCCCAGGACACAGUGGUGGAUUAGAGCGUGGAAACACAUUUCUUGCCUAGGCUGUUCAUUGGAAUUUUUUUUUUUUACUAUAAAUAUUUAAGGUGGUUUUACUUUAUUUUAAUAAUUUAAUUUACCCCAGAGUCCCCAAGAUAAUUUAUUGGAGGUUGAGACAUGCAUUCUUGCCACUGGUACAAUGUGAGGUUUCUAACGCACUGGGUAGGUGUAGAGUCCCCCUUGCAAACGAGGCAGUUCUACAACGAAGCCUGGUCUCCUGGUCAGACUCGGAUGCCUCCCAGGGAGCUGGAGCCCUGCAGCUUGCUCCCCCAAUGCCGCUGACCGUUUGACCUCACAGCACCGCUUUUCCCUCAACACCUGGUACUGGCCCGACCCUGGGCAGUCAGCUACAGAUGCUUACUGACAGGUGGAAGGGUGGACCAACAUCACCACUUCUGAACAUUCUCUAUUUCCUCCUGCCCUCUGACACUUUUUUUUCCAUAAGUUAAACACUAUUACUAAGGUUCUAUCAAGAGCAUGGAGAGCCCUCCAAGUUCCCCCAAGUGAGAACUGCAGGAAAACUGGACUGAACUUGGAGAAUGUUGUUUAUUGCAGCUUUGCACGUGGACCUGAGAGUCUCCAUACCACCUCACUUCUCACCAGCUUGCCAGCCUUUCACCAGCCUCUCCUUAACCUUGUGACCUUUUGCGGCUCUUCUCCCAGCCCCAGCUCCCUGCCUACCCUUCCCCACGUGCCAUGUGAGCUGCUUUUGCCAUUGGAGUAAUCACAACUUGGCUCAUUGCAGCAUGGCGAGGAGGGCCUCAUAGGACCUCCCCCUCGGAUGCCAGUGAGCCCAUUCCAGUGGCACUCAUGCCCUCACACCUGCACAUAUGCCGCCUUCCUGUAUCUGGCUGGCGGCCCAGGGUGAAAACACCAGGGUGAAGUGGUUUGUCUGUGGAAUUUCCCCAUCAGAGCUAUUCCCCCUAGAGCUCAGGAGAUGCCUUUGCACUCUUAUCCGCCUGCUCCCAGCCCUGCCCUUUCAGAUUCAUCUGGACCAGUUACCCAGAUCCUUCAUCUCCAUUCUCUAUCAGCAUAAUAUCGGGGUCAUGUCAGCCCCACCAGCCCGCUUCCUUAUGACUUGUGUGGGCAGAGCAGGCCAGCUGAUGCAGCUGUGGGUCAGUUUCCUCUGGAAUGCUGCUGCUUACACCCAAGAGGUCAGGGGGCUCCCCCAAGAGGUGAGGGGAUUCACAUCAGGCCACAAGCCAUCAGAGGCCUUCUACCAGCUCCCCAAGCUACAGAGGGUCAGGGAAGCUGUGCUCUCAUCUUCGCGAAGAAAUCCUCUUGAGACAUGAACCUUGCCGCCUUCGGACCACUCAGCCUUACCAUCGUCCUCGUCCAAGAUUGUCCUUGCCAUCUUCGUUGUCUCAACACCUGGCCGCCUGGCCAGCGUCAGAGGUUCCAGAUCUUGGUUUUCGGUAAAGUUCCAGUUUCUUCUUUCUGCAUGCCACUGUGCAAGGUCACUUGUCACUGUUCCUAUAGAAACCUCUGGACAUGGGGCUUGAUGGGGUUGAACAUGUUACAUGUAAAUAUUGGUUUGGUUUGAUUUUUUAGCAUUUUAAUUAGUAAUUGGUUGUGUUUUCUUUUUUGGGGUGGGGGGAUCGGUUUGUAAAAACUCUCUACUCUUUUGGAAUGUAAUUUCUAAGUUUGUUUCUUCAAAUGCCUUUUAAGUCUUGGUAACAUUCCUAAAGCAGAUAACUGCCUGACCCUCAGUGGGGGUUAUCCUGGAGCAUUGGGUACCAGGAAGGAACGCUGCCCUUCAUCCCUUUCUUCCUCGUCUUACUGUCCCCACACCUUUUAACUCCUAGCACCUCCUUCCUCCCUUCUCCUCCUCUAUCCUUCUUCCUCCUUUUCCCUCAUCUCUACUCUCUUCAACAAAGUCCCAAGGAUCUCUGGUUUCCUAAUCCCAUAUGAACCACGAGACUGGGUAAAUGGUGUUGACAUCAGUUGGUUGGGGUAAGUAAGGGGCCAGUUCGCCUGAAUGACCCUAAAGUGGGUAGCCUCUUGUUUCUUAUGGCUGCCUUCUUCCCAUUGCCCAGUUAUGCCUUUCUGGGGGCAAUGAUGUAUGUGUGUGAAAUGAAAAUCCAAGUGCUUUGGUGCAGUGCACCAUUGGGUCUUAGACCUGGCGUGCACAAAGCAUCAAAAUUCAAUUCCCUGUCUCCCUGAAUGCCCUUUCCCCCCAAUUCUUUUCCCCCCAAACACUGACCCACCUACAAGAGGCCUGGCUUUCUAUGAACUCAAAAUGUGUCCUGCCCCCUGAACUCCCCAGGGAUGCUCCUCCACUGGCUGCUCUCCUAGGUUACAAAGUGAAGGGCCUAAAGACCUGACCCUCUUGCACCCUGAUCACCACAUGGCUUCUCAUGCACACCCCCCACACAUCUUUCCUGCUUUCAUCACCCAACCUGUUCUUCUCUUGCCCUCCCAACUUCCAGCCCCCUCCUCCCUCUCCCUCCCAUUCAGAUCACCCCCUUUUCAGCUCCACCAGCUCACCCCAAGCUUCCACUACCUGUUCAAUAAUAAUAAUAAUAAUAACAAUAAUAAUAAUACUUCCCUACCUACCCCACCUAGAGUACUUUACUAUUUAGAAAUCACUUUCCCAUCCCAUGUUUCCUUCAAACCUCCAGGACCAACUCCAAGAGGUUUACUCUCCAGGAUAGAGGUUUAGUGCUCCCAUUUUGUAAAUUCGGAAACUGAGGCACCUAACUAGGGGUCCAGACUAGAACCUGAGUCCACUGGAUCCCCCAACCCAACUCUGUAUACUACUUAUUAGGCAAACCUCCCACCCCACUGGAGGCUUUUUGUGGAGGCAGACAAUGUCACUACCCAAUCCAGAUGUAGAACCAGAAUCGUGGACCUGUGCAUCUCAGAGGCUAGUCUGGGGCCCCCAUACAUCAGAAUUCUUUGAGGGCCUGUCCAAAAUGCAGCUUCCAGGGCCCACCUCAGCCUCUGGGCCAGGAAUUUGCAUCUCUAACAAACUCCCAGGGAGUAUUCACUGCAUCUUUUGAGAGCCCUGAGCGUUAGCGUCUUUCCUUUAACCAUUAUCCAUAAAGAUAGACCUUACAGAAAGCAUGGGCUCAACCUAGCUCUGACUUGGUUUAAUUACUCUGAAAAUUUCCAAAAAGAAUCAGAAGUAAUUUACAAUUUUAGUCAUAAGACCGCAGAAAUAGACUAUUAUUGAAUAUUAGUUCAAUAAAACAAAGUCAAAAAGGAAGAAUUAUUGUUCCUAUAUCUAGUGAAUGUAAUUCCUGAAAUCAUGGUAUUAAAAUUUAUUCUUGAGUUUCCUGGCAGCCAUGGUGAAAAAGAGAAACACAUUAGGUUUCAUAACUCAUCGUCCAGUCAUGGAAAGGAAGCCUAUCUGGUCUAGAAGACAAACUCUUCUGCCUCUAAUUUAUAGUCAGUGUUCUUUCUUCAAGAGCUUCUAAACUAUUUGAUGUUUUAGUAUGUGAACCUAAGAUACAAGGAUAUUUUCCAGGUGACUUUUUUUUUAUUUUUUAAAUAAUAAACUGCUGGUCCUCCCUGGUGGCGCAGGGGUUAAAGUCUCAGCGCUAUAAAGCUAUCGCCAGCCACUGGGGCAUGAGUUCAAUCCCCAGCCAGGUAGCUAACCCACAUAGCACAGCAGACCUCUCCUGUUUCACCCACUGCUCCCCUCAGCAGUGUAUUUCAGUAGAUAUGCCUGUUCUACUCCCCACUCUGUCUCUGGUGAAUCCUCUCACCGUACCCUCACCCUGCACCUCUGGCCUACCCCCUCGCUCUUGUAUACAUAAAUAAAUUAAUUAAAAAAAAAUAAACUGCUACCAAAUUGGCCUUGGGCCCAGAUCAUAGAACUAGUCUGUGCCUCAGUUUCCCCAGCUAUAAAGUGGGGAGAAUAGCCUUCUACCACGAGCCUACUUGGAAAAGUGUAAGGUUCGACAGAGCAGUCUGAUCAUACUCGGCGUCCUCAGGCCAGCCCCUCAGUGCCCUGGCCCUGGGGUAACACUUUCCAGCCCCCACACUAGUAUUAAUGAAUAGAAAGGGGAUUGCAAGGUAAUCUGCACCAAUCUUCUCAUUUUUUUAAAAAAGAUUUAUGUAUUUAUUAAGAACUGGGGUAUAAACCAGAGAUGCGGGGGGUGAGAAGAUUCGCCAGAGACAGAGUGGGGAGCAGAACAGGCAGACUGACUGAAAUACACUGCUGAGGGGAGCAGUGGGCAAAACAGAAGAGGUCUGCUGUGCCAUGUGGGUAGCACCCUGGCUGGCUGGGGAUCGAACUUGGUGCUGCAGAGGCUGUGGAUAGCUUCACGGUGCUGUGCUUGAACCCCUUGCACCACCAGGGAGGCCCCUGUUCUCACUUUUUAAUUGUGGCAAAAUAUACAUAAAAGUUACUAUUUUAACCAUUUUUAUAGAGAUUUAAAUACAUUCAUAAUUUGCACAAUCAUCACCACUAUCUCUUAGACCUUUUUCAUUAUCCCAAACUCUAUACCCCCAAAACAGUAACUCCCUAUGCCCCCCAGCCCCUGGGAAACCCUAUUCUACUUUCUGUCUCUGAAUUUCCCUAUUCUAGGUACUCCAUAUAAGUGGAAUCGCAUUUGUCCUUUUGUCUAACUCCUCCAUUUCUUAGAUGAGAAUCAGGCCCAGAAAAGGGAGUUGGCUCAGCCAAGGUCACAUAGCAAACUAGAGGCAGAACCAGGACUAGAGUCCGGGUUCCUGGCUCCCAGGAGUUCUGCAUCCCAGUGGUAGAUGAGACACAACCCCACCAUUCUGUGUUCUUGGUUGAGCCCCUCCUUUCUGUGAGCUCAGUCUGUUCUCUCUCCACCUUCCACCAUCCUCUUUAUCAUCAUCUUUGAAGGCUUCCCCUCCUGUUGCUUCUCCACUGGUUCAUAUCAGCAGACUUAGUGGCCCUGACGUUGGCUCCUGGCCUGGUUUUCCUCUUCGGGACUCUAGGCUUACUUGUAGCACUCAUCCCUCAGCUCUUUGGGAACAGAAUGACCUCCCUAGCUCUGCCCCCUUUGGUGGAUUCCCUGUAAUCUCAGCACCCUUCUCCCUGUCCUCAGGCUCACAUUGUGUGUCUGUGGUCUCCCAACUCUGGUGUUUGCUUUCAAACACAUGAGGUUUACUGGGUUCUAUUUUACUUUGUAUUUUCUCUCACCAAAGGGGGCAUCUUUCCCUAUUGCCCCAUGCAGCAUAAACCCUGCCAAUUCUUUUCAAUGGGCUUAGUUUAGUCCCAGUCCAGAUAGACAUACUCCAGUCCCACCUUAGAGCCACUUCUUCCUUGUCCACAGACUCCCAGCAAGACCCUAGAACCUUGUACUGGGAGAGUCUAUGUGUGUUGGGUCCCCCCUUCUGGCCUCUUCCGCCGAGCCUAGUCCUGCAUGGCCUUAGCUGUAUAGCAGGUGCAGCCUGGCUUGGGUUCUUCUUUCCUCCCUGAUCAUCCAACCUUCUGUUUGUCAUUUAACAUCCCACCAUCCUCUCUGCUCUCCCUUGGGCCUCAGGAGCAAUGCUUCCUGGCAGAAUCUGUAGCUCACUCUGGCUCUCCCCACUCCACUCCCCGUCCCUUGCCCUUCCCAACAGUGUUUGCAGUUUGCAAAGUCCACAGGCAGAAGAACCAAAGAGAACUGGGGACAUGAUGCCAGGCCUGAGUCCCUUGCAUAGGCCUCUUCCCCCCAAUCUUACCCUGCCCUUUCCCACCCUCCUUGGACCCUCUCUUUGCCCUAUCAGCCCUUGUCCCUUCCCUUCCUGCCCUCCCCCAGCCCUCUGGAUCCCAGGCCCCAAGGAAAAGGAGCUCUGGAUUCCUCUAAGCAUUCUUGAGGGGCCAAGAUAGUUGGGGACUGGCUGCCUUGUCACCCUCCAUUCUGAUACCACUCAAACUGUUCCCCUGAAGAGGAACCUCAUCUGGGAGUCUGGAGACCUGGUGAGGUCUGGGCAGACUUGUUUCCUUCUCUGAGUUUGACUGGGUUGAACACUGGGUUGAUCCUUAUGUGCCCCAGAGCAUCUCUGGUGUUUUGGGGUUCUGUAUCACCAUCCUUUCUCCACUGGGCCCUGGUAUCUUGGUUUCUCCCUUAGCUGUGCCACUGAUCUCUGUGCCUUAAUUUACUUCUCUGCACAGGGGGACUCACCACAACACUAUUGCCAGCAGCUUCCGAAUAUUUUGGUGCCUCCAAGGCUGGGCUUUUCCAGCUGUGGCCCAGCACCCCACCACUGCCUCUAGCACCAGGUUUCUAAGGAUGAGGUGCUUAAAGGUUCUCAAAGCUGCAGGCACAUCACCUGGGAAGUUGAUAGAAAUGCAAAGCAUUGGCCCCACCCAAGACCUAAGGAAUGAGAGGAUCUGUGGGGGAGCCUGGCACGCUGGGAUUUCCCUAUUAGAAAGAACUCAUUGUGCUAGACACAGGAGUUUGCCAGCUACCAAACCUGGAAUAGCCAUUAGCGCAGCCUGGUAAGGGACUGAGGCUGGCCCAGACAAGAACUGAUGGAAAACACCAACCUCAUCUGGACUCCUAGAAACUGAGACCUCUCCCCACCCUCUAAAAAACCAAAACUAUGUUCUUAUGUUCUUAUCUUCCUGGAAGCUGAAGAGCAGGAAGAAGGCAUAUCUUUUCCCUCUCCCUGCCCCUGGCUGGGUUCCAGCUUUGCUCACCUCUCCCCCUUGUCUGGGUUUUAAAAAAAUGGUGUGAGGUUGUACCAGCCAGGAAGGGGGUAGGAGUCCUGGGGGCAGGAAACAGAAGAUCCUAACCAUUACCCCCUGGGAACCUCACUAUAGGCUCAUGCCCUCUCUUCAACAGCUAAGAAACCUAAUUCCUCAAGGAAAGAAUCCUAAAUCCCCAGCUCCUCCUCUUCCUCCCACCCCCAGGGAGACCUUGUAGACAGUGCCAAAACCCGGCUCCAACCCCCAGAGCUGGGGAAGAGAGCCAGAAGCUAUCCUUCCUCCUCCCCCUGGCCUUCCUCCCCUUCCCACUCCCCAAUACUGCAAAGCCCCCUUCCUGCCUGAGCUGGUUUCCUGGUUUGGGUCCUGCAGUUGUGGGAUCUAGGGUCACCCUCCCCCCAACAUGCCCUAGGGCCUUUGGAAGGGAAGAGACCAAGGGCAUCCUUGGGCCAAACUGUCCACCUCUUCUGUCCUUUGUUCUCUCUUCCCCACUCCUGUCUUCAAAAGGCUCCUUCCCAGGAUGGAUUGGUGCUAGGACAACCAUGGUCCCAUCUGACAGCUCUCUCUGCCCGUGUGUCUUAUUUCAGACAUGAGAAUAACUGUACAGUGUAAACUUACAAAGGGUUUUUAAUGGUUGUAGAUUGGAAAUAAAGUAUGUCAUAUGAACAGUUUCCAUGGACUUGGCCUCCUUUCUGCUUGCUUGUGGAUCUCCCAGCAAAUAUGAAACCUUACUGUCCCACCCCCAGUUGCCUGGGGAGGGAGCCAGGGAAUGCCGUGGCCAGCUGGCUGGUCUGGGCUGUCUUGGGGGGGGCCACCAAGUGGCUGAAUGCUGACACCUGAGUCUCCCAUGAAGCGUUAUAUGACCAUGGAGAAACAA